AUGCUUGGUGACCAAAGUUCGAGUCGACGAACCCCUUCUGCAACGCAUAAAAUGAUUGUACCCCGCAACAUCUUUAGCUCUCAUAUCAAACUCUCCGAAAGGAUUUUCGACAGGAGCGCAAACCUUACUGUAUUUUCCACAUUCCCACAUACUUCGCAUACCCCGGAGCACUCUCAUUCCAGGAGCAUAACAUUUGCUUGCAACUCUGCAACUAUGGACUACUCGGAUCAGAUCCAAUCAAGGCUAUUCCAGAUUCCCCGUGAAAUCCGCGACAUGAUAUAUUUCUUCUACUUCUACGAGCCAAACGGAUUACAUCACCAUCUCAAGGGCGAAAAUGGUGUACUUCGUACGUCUGAUGGAAAACCACUCGAUAUCCGAUUCACCCGUGCCUGCAAAGCCGUAGCGAAAGAAUCACAGGGUCUAGCUCUUAAGCUGAACACAAUCACUUUCACACCUGAUGACCGCACUGGUGCGCGGCCGUUGGGAUCCGACGCCCUUCGGUUUAAACGCUUACUCAACGCACUCGACGCUACCAAGUGGCAGUUACUGUAUAACAAUGCCGACUAUCUCAACCCUACACAGAUCCAAAAGCUUAUAGAAAUGUACCCUAGAGCAGGAAGGGACAUAGUCAUGACCUUACAUGAAUUGAAAGAGGCGCAGGGCGGACACAGGGACGACUGGUGGGCAAGGCAUGAAUGGUACUUAAGGGAACAGAAACACGUCCCAGAUAUACAAAAGGCUCUUGAUAUGACUCUAGAAUUCGCCCGAACCCAUCAAUAUUUUAGGAUGGAAGACUACGGUCGGGGAAGGCCUUUCAUACCUCAUGAAGAUCCUAUCUGGAGCAAGCAGAAAUGGUUCCGACCUGACCUUCCUCAUGCAAUACUCCAGUGGAGACCGAAUGCUUCGAUGAUUCCAACGGAAAGCGAGCUAUGUGCACUCAAAGCCUACUUAAACCCAACUGAAACAUGUUGUUUCGACUCUGGAAAUGAUGUCACCGCUUUCGCAUGGUUCUUUUCGGCAGCAUCGCUGGCUGCGUCGUUUUUAGAGAGCCUUCAGCCAACACAACGGUCGUUUCUGCGUACUAUCAUUCUCGACGAAAACGAAAAAGCUGUCUACAACCCAGAGCGACAUGCCGAAGAGCUGAUCAAAUUCUGCCAAGAAAAUGCCCAGAUGCGUGUCGAGAGGCGCGUUGGAUUAUGGGAUCACAUAUUCCCUUCUCGCUGGGGAGCAGAUCUUCGCGGGGAUUGGUGGAACUGUACUUACUUUUUCGCCAUCGACCUUUUUGUGCCCAUUGUUGAAUGGAUUACAGAAGCGGAAAAUCUCUCAGCGCUGGGGAUGCCCUCGAACUCAUACACUUUGACUGAGGAAGAUGCUCGCUUUUCAGGAAGCGUUCAAUCGUCAGUUCCAGCAACGGAAGGAGUUCACGGUACCGGAUCUCCCACUUGA